CCCACAUAACGUGAGUUUUCACAAAGCCAGUUGAUCUAAUUAGCUGCUGACUGUAGCUGGCUGACUAACGUUAUCGCGCUGUUAUUUUAGCUACGCAGAUAAUCACACCGUCAGCAUUGAAGAUUAGGUUAGUUUAGCUAGUCUUCGGGUUAUAUUUUUCAGCUGCUAGUUUGUGAAGAGGGUUAAAUUGAAAGGGAUAAAGUCGCCUAGUUGGAGUGGGAAAUCCCCAAUGUAGAAUGUAAACAACACCGAUUUGGACAAUCUUAUUAAUCAGGCUGUAAUACACAAUUAGUUGGUAUAAACAGCCUCAAACUAAUGACUGCAAAAUCGUUUAAAUGUUUUACUACAAGCCAGAAUGUUGAAUAAAAAUACAUUUUUACUUAAUCUACCGGUUGACGGUGGUGUUGGUCCUUUAGAUGGUCGACAUUUGAGACAAGCCCUGCAUUGUUAACCUGACUUCUUAGAGCGCUGGGUGUUUUUAUUGAUUAAACCUACAUUUAACUAGGCAAAUCAGUUAAUAACAAAAUCUUAAUUACAAUAACGGCAUACCAAAACGUCUCCUGCGGGGACGGGGUCCUGGGGUUAAAAUAGAUAAAUAAAUACAAUAUAAAUAUAGGACAAAUCACAACAAGAGACACCCUGGUUUGUUUACGUUUCUACGUUUGUCUAGAUGGCGUAAACCUACAGCUCUUUCUAGUGGUGACGUCAGGGACAGCAGUUGUUGACAACUGUAGCAAACCCUAACUAUGUUCCCUAACUGAAACCUCAUUCUCCUAACCUGCUACGUUAAUUCACUUAACCUCCACGUUAAUUAACCUAACCUGCUACGAAAACAAACCAUCUGUGUUGACAAAUUGUCUGUAAGGUCCCUCAGUCGAGCAGCGAAUUUGAAACACAGAUUGAACCACCAAGUAUCACCCCACCGGUACUAAAGUUGACAUUUCAAUUACCUGGCACAUGCACAAAACCAUGUAAAUGGCCUGCUUGACUUCAUUAGACUGAGCCAUAAUAAGAACAACCUAGUUAGUAUGCCCAUUGCCUGCAUGUACUUCCGUCAUGUGCUCAUGCCUUCAGUCGUGAACGAACAUGUGUGCAUGCAAUGCAUGCAGUCUAACUGCAGUCUGCAGGUACAACGACUUCAGAAAGCAUUCAUUCCCUUUGACUUAUUCCACAUUUUGUUGUGUUACAGCCUGAAUUCAAAAUCGAUUAAAUCAUAUGUUUUUUCUUCUGUCGCCCAUCUACACAUAAUGAAUAUGUUAAAACGUGUUUUUGGAAAUGAAAUACAGAAAUAUCUCAUUUACAUAAGUAUUCGCACCCCUGAGUCAAUGCAUGUUAGAAUCAACUUUGGCAGCGAUUACAGCUGUGAGUCUUUCUGGGUAAAUCUGUAAGAGCUUUCCACAUCUAGAUUGUACAACAUUUGCCCAUUUAUUCUUUAAAAAAUUAUUCAAGCUCGGUCAAAUUGGUUGUUGAUCAUUGCUAGACAACCAUUUAAGUCUUGCCAUAGAUUUUCAAGCCGAAUUAAGUCAAAACUGUAACUCAACCACUCAGGAACAUUCAUUGACUGCUUGGUAAGAAACUCCAAUGUAGAUUUGUCCAUGUGUUUUUCGGGUUAUUGUCCUGCUGAAAGGUGAAUUAACCUCCCAGUGUCUGGUGAAAAGCAUACUAAACCAGGUUUUCCUCUAGGAUUUUGCCUGUGCUUAGCUCCAUUCUGUUUAUUUUUUAUCUAGAAAAAGCUCCGCAGUAACAUGAUAACAUAACAUGAUACCCAUAACAUGAUGCAGCCACCACAAUGCUUGAAAAGUGUGGUACUCAGUGAUGUGUUGUAUUGGAUUUGCCCCAAACACAACACUUUGUAUUCAGGACAAAAAGUUCAUUGCUUUGCCACAUAUUUUGCAGUAUUACUUUAGUUCCUUGUUGCAAACAGGAAGCAUGUUUUGGAAUAUUUUUAUUCUGUACAGGCUUCCUUCUUUUCACUCUGUCAAUUAGGUUAGUAUUGUGGUGCAACUACAAUGUUGAUCCAUCCUCAGUUUUCUCCUAUGACAGCCAUUAAACUCUGUAAUAGAGCGGUUUCCUUUCUCUCCGGCAACUGAGUUAGGAAGGAUGCCUGUAUCUUUGUAGUACCUGGGUGUAUUGAUACACCAGCCAAAGUGUAAUAAAUUCACCAUGCUCAAAAAAAUAGUAAAUGUCUGCUCUUUUUUUUUAAUCUACCAAUGGGUGCCCUUCUUUGUGAGGCAUUAGAAAACCUCCCUGGUCUUUGUGGUUGAAUCUGUGUUUGAAAUUCACUGCUCGACUGAGGGACCUUACAGAUGUAUGUGUGGGGUACAGAGAUGAGGUAGUCAUUCAAAAAUCAUGUUAAACACAUUUUUUUUGCACAGAGAGUCCAUGCAACUUAUUAUGCGACUUGCUAAGCACAUCUAUACUCCUGAACUUAUUUAGGCUUACCAUAACAAAUGGGUUGAAUACUUAUUACCUCAAGACAUUUCAGCUGUAAAUUUGUUUUAUUAAAUUGGUAAACAUUUCGAAAAAUAUAAUUCCACUUUGACAUUGUGUGGUAUUGUGCAUAGGCCAGUGACCCCCCCAAAAAAAUCUAAAUGUAAUACAAAAUGUGGAAAAGGUCAAAGGGUAUGAAUACUUUGUGAAGGCGGUGUAUAUGAACUGUUUAGCUCAUGGGCCAGGUGAUAGAAACGCCAACGUCAGUCAGUACCUGGGCUCUAAAGGUCGGCUGAACGAUACUUUUCUGUGGAUAUUUUGUCUCACAUUUCGAGCAGCUGAAAGACAAAUCGCACAGAAAACAGUUGUCUCUACUACCUCUACCACAGUGACAAAGUGUUGAGGCAGAGGACCAUGUUAUUCAAACCACUCUGAAGAUACUGUUUUAAUCGCACUUUUUAAAAAAUGGACUCACUGAAAUCCUCCCGUGUUUAUUUCGAACGCUAAUAAAUGUGAUCAUUAUUGAUCAUUUUAUAUACAAGGGAAAUAACUAUCUUAUUGCCAGACAGUGAGUGACACAGUCUAUUCCCAUUCACCUCAAUGGAAGUUCCAGUCACACCAAUUCUACCCUCUAACUCUACCCUGCCUACACCUUUCCCUCUGCACCCGGCCGUGGCCCCAUCAGUCCAGCUUGGAUUUACCAUCCUCUACACUACUCUCUACGGAUGUCUCUUCUUGGUAGUCUACGUUCAGCUCUGGCUCCUCUUUCUCUACCGACACAAGCGCUGGAGCUACCAGAGUGGGUUUCUGUUCCUCUGUCUUCUCUGGGCGGCUCUUCGUACCACUCUGUUCUCUUUCUACUUCCAUAAUGCCCUGGAAGCCAAUCACCUGGCCACAGUGUUUUACUGGCUCCUUUACUGCUUCCCUGUCUGUCUGCAGUUCUUCACCCUCAGUCUCAUCAACCUCUACUUCACUCAGGUAUUACUCAAAGUGAGAGAGAAGUACAACCCUGACACUGAGCCCGGCAAUGGACUAUGUUGGGCGCGGUGCUUCUACACCACCCUGAGUGGUGUGUUCCUGUGUGUCAACGUGGUGUGUGCUGCUCUCGGCUGGAACGGGGGCAGUGGAGGAGCAGGAACUAAAACAUGGAGUCUGGUUCUGAUACGAGUGCUGGUCAACGACCUGCUUUUCAUCUUUGAGGCUGUCUGUCUAGCUGCACUACUGCUUCUGUUAACCCAACGCUCCCCAUCCACCAGCCCUUACCUGCACAGUAAGGGAACAACAGUGUGCCAGACUGCAGUACUAGGAGCAGGUGUAAUAUUGCUCUUUGCUAGUCGAGCAUGUUACAACCUGGCUGUUCUCAUACUGUCCCAGAAUCACAGAGUGGAGUCCUUUGACUUUGACUGGUACAAUAUCUCUGACCAGGCUGACCUGCGUAGUGAACUGGGAGACCGGGGUUACUUGGCGUUCGGUGUAAUUCUCUUCAUAUGGGAGCUGCUUCCCACCAGCCUCCUCAUCCUCAUCUUCAGAGUCCGCCAACCGCCUCAAGAAGAUGGCUGUAGUAUGCCCAACAGCAACAGAGUACCCCGGCCGUACUUCUUUGAUGACCCAGCAGGGGAAGACGCUGACUCGGGUGUUCCUUGGGUCAACAGCUCACAUCCACACCAAAGCUGGUAUGGAUCCAUCAAGGAGACGACACCUCUCGUCUUCGCCAGUAACCCUCCGGACCAGAACCAACACCACUCCUUUUACUCUACACCACAGAACUAACUGAUCCUCUGUCCCAAAUGGCACCCUAAUUCCCUUUUUAUAGUGCACUACUUUUAACCAGGGACCAUAGGGCUCUAGUCAAAUGUAGUGCACUAUGUAGGUUAGAGGAUGCCAUUUGGGACGCGCUUUGAUCCUGUCUGUCUGCAGUGAAAUUCUGAAGCGCUCUAUCUCAGGUUGCUGAAAAGGCGCUGCGCGGUCGAUCCGACAUCUACUUUGGUCAUGCAGCAUUUACAGUGAGUCGGCGCGUCCGUACUUCGCCGAGCUGUUGUCAAGGAAGUGACUGUGUUUUUAUACAGAACCUCCCGCCCUCGCCUACCGUCACCCAAUCACGUCAAUGCGGAGCGAUGUGGAACCCUCCGCAUUGUUACAACAUUUGGGGAGGCGCACGGCGAUUGUGGUCCGGAGCUCAGUUUGGCCUCUGGAGGCUCUGCAAUUGUCACACCCUCCCAUACGGAGCCUCAAACCACAUUUUCAAAUCCAGCAUAAAUUGUCUUUGAUCGCUUCCAGCUGCAGACAGCAAUACCUCCAUUCCAAUUGACUGGUGUUUUUGCACACAAAAAAAACACAACCUCAUCACUAAAUAGAGUAACUAUGCACCUUUUCUUUUAUUGAUCAACUGAUGACCGUCAUCUCCAACGGAGCCUCGUUUUUUGUGGGGGGUUUUAUUCCUAUGAUUGGUCGCGAUGUGUUUUGUCCUCUGACCUGUGUAUUCAUUAGAUUUGAUUGCAGUCUCUGUGCUAUUUCAUGUCAACUCCUUGUCCGUCAAUGCCAUGUCAACGGAGGUGGUAAGAGGACAAAAUGCCAUGUCAACGGAGGUGGUAAGAGGACAAACACUGACACUCAGGCUAUAUUCAUUCCAUUAUAGAAAGUUUAUUUUCAACUUUUCUGACAGGACUAAAUGUCAUUUAUUUUGUAAAGGUAUUGUUUCCUACUUGCCGUCUAGCUUAAAGGCACUGUAAAAAUCGGCAUGACCACUUUCAUAAGUAAUGCAGACAACAGAUUAGUUUUGUCAUUUUAUGUGAUUGUACAUUGAAGUAAACUAACUUAUUUAAUCAGAUAUCACCUGUCGUUUUAGCAGUUAUGGACCAAAUACCUCUUCCUUCUCACCAGCAUCCAUUUUAUAAGGGAAUUUUCUAGGUGCUUCAUAGCUAAACAGAAUAUACUCAGAUUGUGUAAAUGUGUGAUUACACUGAACAAAAAAGCACAACAUGUAAAGAGUUCUCGUGUUUUUAUGAGCUGAAAUAAAAGAUCCCAGAAAUGUUC